AUGGAACCAAAUCUACCAGUUAUGGCAAAGAAGUUUUGGAGCAUGGUACGAGUUGCUUUCUUCAUGCUGAGGAAAGGCAUAUCAAAGAGAAAACUAAUGCUUGAUCUCAACAUGAUGAUGAAGCGUAGCAAAAUUGCCGGAAAGGCGAUACAAAACCUCAUGUUCCACCAUACCCACCACCGUUCCUCCUCCUUCUCCCACCGCCGGUCAUACGACGGACGGAUAUCAUUCUCAGUCCCCGGCGAGUACGAGUUCAGCUGCAGUAACAGCCCAGCUUACUUCCAGUUCCCCUUCCACCUCACAAAACGCAAAAACCACCACUCUCACCUCUUCUCUUGCGCCCACGCUCCGCCGACGGACGACGACAUGGUGACAGUUAAUGCGGUUGUGAAGGCGUUAGAGAUGCUGCAACACAGCGAAGCGGCGUCUCCUGCGCUUCCUGGGUUUGGGCGGAGUCCGAUGGUGAGGCAGCUGAGGAUAACGGACUCGCCGUUUCCGUUGCGGGACUUGGAUGAAGAUAACUACGUUGACGAGGCUGCUGAGGAGUUUAUAGUGAAGUUCUACAAUGAUUUGAGGCAGCAGAAUUCAAUGGCUGCUCCCUGGCCACGUUAAGAAGUUCCGGCCAGUGUUGUCGUAUUCCGGCGCCAUGCUUCUUUCUUGACAUGCAAUAAUGCCCGAUGGGUCUAGGACUCUAUCCAGUUCAGGCAUGGCCAUGAACUAAAAAGUUGCAUGGGGGUUGUACAAAAAGCUUGUUAAUUACACUUUGUG